AUGGAAACGUCAAGGCCCUCGGGAUCGAUUGACGAUCGACGUCUGUGGGGGAUGGUACAUGACAUGCAAGUUACGAUGCCCAACCUCUCGACGAGGUUCCGUCGAAAAGAUCCUCGUGUGAAGCUCCAGGCGUGUUCAAUGAUGCUUCAAGUAGUUCGAAAGUCAAACUUCAGUCAUCUCGAUGAGUUCAGCUUCCAAGAUUCUCUCAUUUUCUUCAACUCCUCAGGCGGGAGGCAGGAGGUGAGCCUCAAGCAGCUCGCUCUUGUCUGCAUCCUCAUCUCGUCAAAGAUCUUUGACGCAAGACCAGUGAACUCAAAGUUGCUCAAUCUGCAUCCUUACUUUACAGAUGUCGGGGCGAACCAUAUAGCGAGCUUAGAGCUGCAGGUCUUGACGCUACUUGACCAUGAUGUCUCCCGACCUCUCGUGGUGCUGCUGUAUGAUGAGGCCAUGAGCCUUGCGGACGAGGAGGACGAGGAGGACGACGACUCGCUCGCAGUAUUGAGCUGCCGAGUGUUGGACGUCCUGUACAUCUUCUUCAGCGGCAACGAAGGGCUCGGCGUGCUGGCCAACGUUCCCUUCGAUCUGCUGGCAAAUGCCGUCUAUGCCGCUGCUUUCUCGCUUGUCAUCUGCAAUGAAGUCGAGCAGCCUCUCGGGUCGCUCCUCUACUGCCUGGCAGCUCACCAGCGACUCGCUCCAUUCUGGACGGUCGCAGACCUCCAGCUCGUCGCCAACGUUCUGCUGGACAAUGUCCUGACAGACGCGCAGGCUUACAGGUUCAAGCUCGUGGAGGAGGAAGAGCCGCAGGACGUGAACAACUUGAGGCAGCGCAAGUGA